GGAGCUGCCUGGCACGAGAUGUGGCUGCUCAUGGCAGUCCUGCUCCUCCUACAAGCGCCCAGCAGCUCCGAAGGCGCCACCAAGCAGAAGAAGGCUCUGAACCCCGAGGCUCUCAUGAACGUUAGCCAAAUCAUCUGCCACAGAGGGUACCCCAGUGAGGAGUAUGAAGUGCUGACUGAUGAUGGCUACUACAUCCACCUGAACAGGAUUCCUCAUGGAAGAGAAAAGCCUAAGAACAGAGGGGCCAAGCCAGUGGUGUUUCUCCAGCACGGGAUAUUUGGAGAAGGCAGCCACUGGGUGGAAAACCUGGCCAACAACAGCCUUGGCUUCAUCCUAGCAGACUCUGGCUACGAUGUGUGGCUGGCAAACAGCCGAGGGACCAGCUGGUCCCGGAGACACCAGCACCUUUCAGCCGACCAGGUGGAAUUCUGGGAUUUCAGCUUCCAUGAGAUGGCAAUGUUCGACCUGCCGGCUGCCAUCAACUUUGUGCUGCAGAAAACGGGGCAGAAGCAGCUCCACUACGUUGGAUACUCCCAGGGCUGCUCAAUUGCGUUUAUUGCGUUUUCAUCCAUCCCCGAACUGGCUCAGAAAGUCAAAAUGUUUUUUGCCCUGGCUCCAGCAGUGUCACUAAAGCACAGCAGAAGUCCAUUCAUGAAGAUGCAUCUCCUUGUGGACAACAAGCUCCAGAUGAUUCCGCUGCUGCUGGGCAGGACGGACGCAUCGCUGCGCAUCAGGAGGCUGUGGCGCUUCCUGCCCGAGCUCUGCAGGCACACGGUGCUGCACAGGCCCUGUGCCAGCCUCCUCUUCCUCCUGGGGGGCUACAACGAGAAGAACCUCAACAUGACACGGCUGGAUGUGUACACAUCCCACUAUCCAGAUGGCACCUCUGUCAAAAACAUCAUCCACUGGGCCCAGGUGAUAAAAUCCGGAGAAUUCAAAGCCUUUGACUAUGGCAGCGAGAACCGCGCUCGGUACCACCAGGACACCCCGCCCCUGUACCCCCUGGAGGAGAUGCCGGUGCCCACGGCAGUCUGGUCCGGAGGGCAGGACUGGGCAGCAGACUGGAGGGAUGUGCUGCAGCUGCUGCCCCGCAUCAGCCACCUCGUCACCUACACCCACAUCCCCGACUGGAACCACUGGGACUUUGUGUGGGGCCUGGACGCCCCCGGGCGCCUCUACAGCAGCAUGCUGAGCCUGAUGGAGGCCUCCCGGUAG